CAACCCAUCGCUGAAAAUGUCAAAGUUACGGCCCUAUAGCCUCACGAUAUUUCUUUCUGAGAUUCAGGAUAUGGUCACUGCAAGCUCUGUAGCUGUGUCAGCCAGUGACUCUUCAUGAACAAAGUCCAUCUUAACAUUUCUGGAAGGCUCCAGGAAGUGACUGUGACAUGGUCCUCUCAAAAGGAACGUUGUGCGUGUGGGGGAGGGAAAUGAUGGAGCUUGCGGUUGUGCUUAUUGCAGCCAGUGUGGUACCAGUGUCUGCAGCAGAACAGUCCAGCCUCAUCGAAAGUCUCUUCUUGGCUACGCAUCAGCGCCCCUGGCUCUGGGGUGUCUAUGUUUUCACCGUUGGACUUCCCAUUAUUCUUUUCAUCAGCUUCAUGUGGCCUGACAUGAGGUUUGGCCCCCCUGACCAACAAUAUUACUACAAGAAGUUUGACGACGAACAACCAGAUGACCCGGAGAGCCACCAAGAGAAACAACCAAUGCACAGCAGUGGCGAAGACAGACCAUUGGCAAGAAGAAGAGACACUCAUGGUUGCCAGAGACACAGUCACUAAGAAAUGAAGAUUCAACAGAUCCAAGAAGCCCUCCACUGGUCUAGAACGCCCCCUCCCAAAAAUGUGACAAAAGAGGCCGAAGUGUCAGAAGACAGAAAGUGGAAGAACUCUUUUUAUUUCGCUCUUUUCCAAGUACUCAUCAAAUGCAAAAGGAAUGAAGAAAUAUGAUCAAAACAACUGAUUUCGCGUCUUCUUCUUAAACUCCAUUCAGUUAAACGGCAACAACAUGUCUGAAAUGGUUUUGGAAUUGAUAAGUGAGCAUCUGUUCUUAAUAUUUCCUGCAUGCUUUGAAGGUUUUAUCACUGUAGAUAAUCAGGCAUUUUCGUCAGUGUCUUGGCCCUGCCUGGCUUUGUUAUGUUCCCAGUGUUGGGGAAAAAGUAGAAAAAAGAAAACAAAACCUUGAAAGCACCGCUGAAGGCACAGAAGAGCUCUGCUCACUUUUUUUGUGUGUGUUUCAUUUCCAACAAACUCUGAAGAGGAUGCAGGCCGCACAGCUCCACUUGCAUGGCGUUCGUCUGACGUUCUUCAUAAUUUGCUUUCAUUUACUUGGUGCAUCAGACCAGUGUGAUGAGGAACUGACGAGGCUGAGGGAACAAGAGAAGCUUCUGAAAAGUCAGCUCCAAAAACAAGACCUCCUCCUACGCAGACUACGAUUGUUUAACCAAGCCGGCCAUGAGGCAAAUAACAGAGUCAACCGAACGCAGCGCGAAGUGUUGCCAGACUGCUCCCAUCUCUACACUUCUGGCUUGAAAGCCAGUGGUUACUACAACAUCCAACCGCAUGGCUCCGUUGCGCCCGUCAGAGUCUACUGUGACAUGACUGAAGGAGGUGGUUGGACUGUGAUUCAAAAAAGGAUCAAUGGAGCAGAAAAUUUUAACAGGUCAUGGGUGGAAUACAAGGAUGGUUUUGGAAACAUGGUUGCAGACCUCGGGGAGUUUUGGCUUGGGAAUGACAUUCUGCAUUCUAUCACUGCACAAGGCAAUUAUACACUAAGGAUUCAUCUGGAAGACUUUGAGGGGAACCAACGUCAUGCCGAGUACAGGAAUUUCAAAGUUGCGGAUGAAAAGGAUCACUACAGACUCACUUUUGGCGCCUACACUGGCACAGCAGGAGACGCUUUGUCUGGCAGUUACCAGGCCGGUGUGUCAGACUGGGCCAGUCACCAGGGCAUCAGCUUCAGCACCUUUGACAAGGACAAUGACAACUACCAAGGCAGUUGUGCACAGGAAGAUAAAGGAGGAUGGUGGUUCAACAAGUGCCACUCAGCACAUCUGAAUGGCAGGUACUAUCCCGGUGGAUACUAUAGUGGACUGACAGAUGAUGGCGUGGUUUGGUACACAUGGAGAGGAUGGUGGUAUUCCCUGAAAAGCAGCAUCAUGAAACUACGGCCUGACAACUUCAAAAUUGACCCUUUGGAUGACCCCAAUGUUGUUCGCAGAGAUCCUCCAUCUUAAGUCGAAGGUGUCUUGAAAUACAGGCUGAACGCGGUGCCAUGAAAAAGCUUGCACAAUAUUAAUGGAAACAACGGCUAUAAAUAAUUACACUAUUAUUAAAAUAGUUGUCAAUUAAUUUGAUAAUUGAUUAAUUGUUGAUUAAUCAAUUCAUUUUAACACCACUGCUCCACCAUUUAUGGUCAAGUAAGCUUGAAGGCUUAUUACACAGGACACCGAUGCUAUUCAUUAGCCUUUCGAUGGCGUUUUCCAUUAUUUGUAAUCAUUAAACUAAGGGGACUUUCCUAAGGCAAAGCUACGUGGUUGUUUUGAACGUAGGAUGAGGAAUUCUCUUGGUGUGAUGUUUAGUUUGACAGUACAAUACAAUACAAUAUAUGCUGAUUUAUAUCGCGCUUUCACAACAGCUGCAUCUGUAACAAAGCGCUUAACAAAACAGUUAAACGUCAACUGCGAGUUGCAUGUCACAGCAUCAAGCCACUCUUUUCAAAAAUUGUUCAUUCUGAACUGCUGCUUUGUUUGAAGUGAGGACUCCACUUACCGCACUCAUAUCUUUCAAAAAAAUUGAAUAUUUGUAGGCACCUCUGUAUUUGCCUUCACAGUUCAUAUUUUUAAUGGCGCAGCAAUUUGCAUAAAGUAGCAAACUAAAAAUAAUAAUUUCCGUUGCAUUUAUGUUGGUCAUUCUCUUAAAACAAAACUAACCAACAAGUCUGUUCUGUUCUGUAUACAUGAUGGCAUGUUGAAGUAAUAAAACACAUGAACACUG